AUGGAACGAUUGGCUCACAGCUACUCCCUCGCCCAAAGUGUCAGAGUUGAUGCUUUUGAAACGAUGCUGGAUGGGGCCAUCGAAAGAACUACUGAUGUACCCGAGACGAUGACCAGGACGGGGACUGUGGGAAUAGGGAAGAAGGAAGUUGCUCAGCGGAUGGGCAAUCUAUUCGUACAACGCUGUGAUCUAAAUGUAUACAGUGAUAUGCUGGGUACUCCUGAUGUGUUCUGGGACUUCAACGAAUACGAAGCAGUUUAUGAUAAGUCCAGACGAUAUAUGGAUAUUAAUAGACGGGUUGAAAUACUAAAUCAGCGUAUGGAGGUCUUGAAUGAUAUGUAUACUAUGAUACAGGAGGAACUACAUGUAGCCCAUGGUAACAAUCUUGAA